UCAAAUGUAAUUUUCUUACACAAUCUUACACAAUCUUACACAAUCUUUCCAAAUAUCAAGUGUCGCGUUAAACAUGAAAUUUUAGUUCAUUCUAGCUGUACACAUCCUCAAACAACUCGUGAGAAUAUUUUUUUCGACGAAUCCAAAUGUGGAAAAAUUAACGAAAUUAGUAAAGAUGAAUGCGAAGGUCUACGGAUUUCUCGGACUUUUCCAUUAUGCGGUCAUACGCCAUUUCGUGACACACAAAUUAAACUGAAGAAAGGUCCAAAAGAUGCCUGGAGUGAACAUGAGCAUAAAUAUGUGGCCAGGAGAGAUUUAAUAAAAGUUGCCCUUAUUUCUCUUGGCAAAGACCCUAAAAUAUUUUUAAGAGAGUUAAAAUUACAUUAUAAUUUUCGCACAAAAAAUGGUCUUAUAAUACGCCUAUUUGGUGUUACUCGAGAAACCGUCACAGGUCAUCUGAUGAUGGUUGCCGAAACUUGCGAAUGGGACUUAAGACAUUAUGUCUCUCAUCACUUCGCUCGCCUAACUUGGUCCCAUAAAGUUGCCAUUCUUCAUUCUAUUGCUUGUGCUCUUGAAUCUUAUCAACGUGGUGAACAGGUUCAUCGUGAUCACGCUUCCAAUGUCCAGAUAUUUAAAUCCCACUUAGAAAUUCCUGUAAAUGAAUUGGGUUUGGGUGAUAACAAAGAUCCAAUUCCAAUAGUGGGUUACUAUAAAAAUGACCUUUUACCUUACAUGGCUCCUGAAAUUUUACAAAACAAAUCUUACUCUAUAAAAUCGGACGUUUAUAGUUUUGGGAUGCUAAUGUGGGAAUUAUCGACAAACAAACCUCCAUUUUACGAUAAAACUCGCCAUUCAAAACUAAUAGAUGAUAUUAGUAUUCAUAAUUUACGUCCUAAAAAUGAUUCUAAUACUCCUAAAUGUUAUAUCGAUUUAAUGGAACGAUGUUGGUCUAGUGAUCCUAUUAAUCGUCCUGAAAUUUCUGAAAUUGUAAAAAUCUUGAGUGAUUGGCAUUUAUAUUCUAAACAUUCUGAUGAAUUUAAAGAUGCUGAAAAAAUUAGACUUAGUAAUAUGAAAGCUAAAGGACUUGACACAACUGGAAAAAUGGUUUCUCCUCCAAAGAUUCAUCCACAAGCAAUAUAUACUAGUAGAAAGAUUAAAUUUCCUAUACUUCCCUUGUCUGGUGUUAAUUCUCAACGUAUUAAACAAUCUUAUGAUGCUUCAAGUAAAAAUUCAAUUGAUCUAGCAUCUUUACUUGUUCGUGACGAAAGUUAUUUUGUUAAAACGAACAGGCCAUUACAAACAAAAGAAUUAGAAGAGGAGGAAGUUGAUGAUGACCUCCGAAAACAAUACGAAUUAUCGAUACCUUUUGACA